AUUUUGUAAGCCACUGUCCGGUAUGAAACUGUCAGCAAAGUUGUUUACAAUUCGCCACAAUUCUCGUUUCAUUCAUUCUGUGAUAGUUGCAUCAAGCAAAGGUCGUUGGAUUAACUGCAAGCCAGACAGAAUGCAAGAGGCUUUCGUGAAUAUUAACGAGAUUCCAACCCAUGUAAUGACAUGGGGGAAAUGGAUUGAGGAAUCGUUUGCCGACCACGAACGCGAGGUAGUGAUUUGCAUAACCGGAAAUCCCGGCCUCCCCGGCUUCUAUACACAAUUCUUAUCUACGCUACACAACAAUUUGGACGCUAAGACGCCCGUUUGGGUGAUAGGUCACGCAGGCCAUGACGAACCGUCCGCUUCGAGUGUACGCAAGGUGCCGCCGCUAUCAGGCAACGAAUCAAAGUUCGAAUUGAAUGCUCAACUCAAACACAAGAUUGAAUUCAUCGAAACCUACGUGCCGGCACAUGUGAAAAUUCACUUGAUUGGUCACUCAAUCGGGGCUUGGAUGAUAUUGCAGCUGUUGAAGGAGUCGCGGAUUAAGGAUCGCCUGCAGAAAUGUUACCUCCUGUUCCCGACCGUAGAACGUAUGGCUGUUUCCCCGAAUGGGGUUGUCUUUACCAAAUUGGUGCUGCCCGUUUUCUUUGCCGUACGGAUGUUGGCGAAAUUCGUAAAUUGCCUACCAAUUUCGCUACGUGUCCUUAUGAUAAGCGCCUACUUCUGGAUAACGUCGACGCCAAGAUUUUUCCUGGGAACCACCUUGAAAUACUUGCGUCCGACGAUACUUGAUUGUGUGGUUCAUUUAGCGAAGGAGGAGAUGGAGCGGGUAACAGAUUUAGAAGUGGACAUUGUACAGGAUAAUGUGGACUUGUUGAAGUUUUAUUACGGGACCACGGAUGGCUGGGUCCCGGUCAAGUAUUAUGACGAAAUCAAAGUUCGCGUGCCAGGCAUUGACGCCGAACUGGAUGAGUUUAGAAUAUCGCAUUCCUUUGUAUUACGUGAGGCUGUGCCCAUGGGGGAGAUCGUCGCCGAUUGGAUAAAGCGGUAUUCUGUGAAGGCUUCCUAAGAAUGGUUGCAUUUGACACACUGCAUUCUCUAUAAGAAUAAAGACGCAAAAUGACAUUUUCAUGCAUUGUUAGCACGCUAGUUUUCAUUCUAAAUAAAUCACUCAAAAAAUGGA